GCUGUACUGCGGGCAUGCGCACUGGGCGUCCCAGCGCCACCGCCCAUCAGCUGAGAAUCUAGCUGGGGGCUCUGGGGCCGGUGGGUGCCUGGGGCCGGCGGAGGAGGAGGAGAAAGCCGAGGAGGUUGGGGUGACUGCUUAGGUGACAUCUGAUGAAAUUAGUGAAUAAGUAAAUCAGCUAUGUCUUACACUCCGGGUGUUGGUGGUGACCCUGCCCUACUGGCCCAGCGUAUCUCUUCCAAUAUCCAGAAGAUCACACAAUGUUCUGUGGAAAUACAGAGGACCCUGAAUCAACUUGGAACGCCUCAAGAUUCACCUGAACUUAGGCAACAACUGCAACAGAAGCAGCAGUAUACUAACCAACUUGCCAAAGAGACAGAUAAGUACAUUAAAGAGUUUGGAUCCCUGCCCACCACCCCCAGCGAACAGCGUCAGAGGAAAAUACAGAAGGAUCGCUUAGUGGCUCAAUUCACGACAUCACUGACAAACUUUCAAAAGGUCCAGAGGGAAGCUGCUGAGAAAGAGAAAGAGUUUGUUGCUCGAGUAAGAGCCAGUUCCAGAGUAUCUGGUGGUUUUCCUGAGGACACCUCAAAGGAAAGGAAUCUUGUAUCCUGGGAAAGCCAAGCUCAACCUCAGGUGCAGGUGCAGGAUGAAGAAAUUACAGAAGAUGACCUCCGCCUUAUUCAUGAGAGAGAAUCUUCUAUUAGGCAACUUGAGGCUGAUAUUAUGGAUAUUAAUGAAAUAUUUAAAGAUUUGGGAAUGAUGAUUCACGAGCAAGGAGAUGUAAUAGAUAGCAUAGAAGCCAACGUGGAAAACGCGGAGGUGCACGUUCAGCAAGCAAACCAGCAGCUGUCAAGAGCAGCAGAAUAUCAGUGCCGUUUUUCACUAGACAAACCACUGCAUCCUUGGUGAUACAUUGAGAACAAUGAAGCUCUAUAGAAAUUGCUGAGUUACAGCCCGUUGUAUUCAGUGAUGCAGUAACUGUCACUCACCUUUACCUUCUGUGGGCCAGUGAUUCAGGUGUGUGGCUCAGCAGAAUUAAUGUCACAGACUGGAGGUAUCAUUCAUAAAUAGUUGAACACACCCACAUAGCACAGAUGCUAGGUUACGACUGCUCAAAACAUAGCGGUUAGCAGGAUGUAUCCGUAACUAGGCUUACCUGCCAUGUUGUUUUGCUUUUGGAUUUUGGAGGGGUGUAGAUAUGUCUCCCAAGUUUUACUUCCCCCUUGCUCGGGGAAGGGCCAGCCUACCUCCACCCUGGGGAAAAGGAGCACAUCUUCCCAGUCUUCUCACCUCCGUAUCUGGAGCUGCCCCAUACUUAACCCCACGGGCCCUGGAGGGAGAAGGAAAGAGCCAUGCAGCACAAGCACUGGGGAGAAAAGCAGCUUCCCUCCAGUUCUCCUUGGAGGCCUUGGUAUUAAAGUCAUGUCUCUGCAAAAUACGGCACUUCUCAAUAGUGUGGGUGAACCCUGAGUGGAAGGGCAGCUGCUAGAGGCUCUUAUCGCUGCAGUACCCUACCCCCCACCCCACGCUAGCGAGGGUGCCCUGGGCGCAGAUGUCCUGUAGUGGGGAGCCUGUGAUUGUUCUUAAAGGUGUAUUAUACUUGUGUCUGUGGUACUCACAUGGAGUCUGGGGAAAAUACGCAGGCAGGAUGCUACUGAAACUUCAGAGAAAUCGUGCUUCAUUUAUGAGGAAUAUUCAGUUGAAAAAGUUGCUGACUAUGUGGUAUACGGAAAGUCAUUAUAGUUUUCAGGAGAAUUUCACAGAAACCUAUCUUUCUGGAAAUUUUAUGGUACUCCUAGUCGACACAAAGAAAAUUUACAGAUUUUUUUACUUUGUAAGAAAAAGGAUUCCUGCAUGUUGCUGUGAGAUAUGCAAGCCAUUAAAGAAAUCUGGAAAUCUACAACUGGGCCAGAAAUGAAGAACGGAACAAAACUUUUAACCUUUGUAUUUUAAAUGACUGUAUUAUAACUUUUUAGCUGUUUGGUUUUUAUUUGUAUGUUGAGAUUUUUCAUGCAGUUUCUGUUGAUAUUGAAGAAUGGGAAUUUUGGAAACUAAUGCUUCAGGAAAAAUUGCCAAGCAUUCAUGUUUGUUGAUAUUUUCAGAGAACUCAUUUUGAAGAGCAGCUCUUUGAUAAAAAUUUUAAAAUGUGUAAGCUUUUAAGCUGUUCUUAGUUUUUACACAUAGGUAACCUCAGUCUUUUGAUUAAGUCAGUAACCUAUUUGUCUGCGUCUCUUUUUUAAGCCCAGAGAAAUGACCGAUAAAGGUUGAAUGAUUAGCCCCUGAAUUAAACCACUAAUUUAAGAAGACUAUUUUUUGAAAGAAUAGUGCCAUUUGUAUUUGAAGAGAUUUUGGAGAAGCAAAAAAGUAUAGCCAAAAAUCUGAGGGCAGUUAAUUACUAUUGGUUUUACUCUAGAAAUGAACCAUAUGAUUUUUCAGUUGCUAUAGAGAUGCUCCCCUACACAUACAAACAUGUUUUUUUGUUUUUGCAUUUGUAGCGCAAAUCCAGAAAAACCCUGUGCAUCAUCAUUUUUAUCAUUGUCAUCGGACUUGUAAUUCUCGGUCUCAUCAUAUGGAGAGUGAAAGGCUGAAUUAUAAAGGAGCACACUGUUGCACUACAUUCUCUAAAUUAUGUACGAAGAUCCCUGUAAUCAUUUUUUUUAUUAUUAUUAUUAUUCUAAAGCUACUGCAUAAAGGAUGGCUCCCAUACUUUGUUAUUUUUAUUUGGCAGGGGGAAGUUUCUUUUAGAUUCAAUCUGAUGUUUUCUAAUACUGAAAGUUUUUCUUGGUAUCACUGCUGGCAUAACUUCUGUGCUUUUCAAUCUAGUAACUGAGGUUUUGUCCACGAUGUAUAUGCCUUUCAUUUAUAAUUUAUUUGCCCUGUUGACUUAGCUUUUGGAAUCAGUAAAUUUAAAGGUGUGUGUGUGUGUGUGUGUGUGUGUUCGUGUUCUGUGUGCAUCUGUCUCUGUCACAGAGUGACAUGCACCCAGAUUUGUGUGACUUCAAUUAAAAAUCUCAAAUUUAAUUUUGAUAUGGGCCAGCAGAGGAAAUAUUCUCAGUAACGUAGGGAAAAUUAACCCACCUGUUUGUGGUGGUUUGUUUUCUUUCGUUUUCUGGUUCAUAACAGCACAAAUUAUCUAUUUAACUUUUAUUGUUGGUUUUCUCUUAAGACCUUCGUUUACUCUAAAUGAAAUCAGUGAGUAAUUUCUUAGAAUAUCUCAUCCUCCUGAUGUGUAUAUAUUAAACAUUUGCUGUAGAUUGCCUAGUAAAAUACUAAGGAUAAUUGUUUUUGCAUAGGACCUGUUUAAGUCUGAUGUUUGCUGGGGUAUGUGUAGUCACUAUAAAUGUUAAAUGUAAUUUGGAGGAAGAGUAUGAAAAAUCAGUUCAUACUAUGUUAGAAACCUGGAGAUACAACUUGUUAUUCUGCUGUGUACUUCCACAGCUAUUAGGAUGGAAAAUUAAUUACCUUCCCUGAAAUCCUUCAGAAUUAUGGCUACAUGUGUAUCCUUGGGUCAGAAUUAUUUUUGGGGAGCAACUUUCCCAGAAUUAUUGUUUUUGAGCACUAACACUUAAAAUUUAAUGUUUACCUUGCAUACCAUUUUGUACCAUCCUCCAUUAGAAAACAAUUUGGAUGUUUGCCAAUUAACCACUUGCCUUUUUAAAUCAAUGUUGUUUUGAUGCACUAAUCUGAAUACUGUAAAGAAGUUUGUCUUAGUUUAUAGUUUGUAUUUUAUAACAAUGUUCUUAUAUAGCAGUUUGAUAGUGAAGUCAGUGUUUUACAUGGCAAGCUAUGAGACUCCAAAUGGGAACAAAUAAAAUGUUAAGUAAAGCGUGUCUUUGCAACCAGAAUAAAGAUGAUUUUAAAAAUG